AUGACCGAGAGAAAAGCAAUCGUGAAAAAUGCUGACAUGAACGAGGACAUGCAACAGGAUGCAGUCGAAAUCGCGGUGGAUGGGAUUGAACGAUACUCGGUUGAGAAAGACAUUGCGGCUCAUGUGAAAAAAGAGAUGGACAAGCGAUUUGGUCCCACAUGGCAUUGUGUAUGUGGUCGACAUUUUGGCAGCUACGUAACCCAUGAGAGCAAACAUUUUAUCUACUUCUACAUCGGACAAGUAGCCAUUAUGCUGUUCAAAUCUGGAUAG